CCGCACUGAUAUAAUAUCCUGGAAUGCCAAACGUGAAAUAAGAUCUCUUUUUACAUUCGCCGUUGAAGUUGAAUUAUUAGCAGAAUAAACUGGAAUUAUGGGUCUGACAGGUCUCAGCAUGUUGGCUUUGAUUUUCAUACUGUUUCUCGCUCAAAAUGUUCUUAUAGGAGCGACUGAAAGUGGAGAGUGUGAUAGAAGAGCUACCGAGGUUUGCCCCCAAAUGAAAGUGAAAUUAACUUUCCCCGGAUCGGCGGAAGAGAUAAACGCUUUAUGUCCAGAAGUCAUUAAAAGCCUGGACUGCCUUCAUAAACAUCACGAAAUGUGCCCCGAGGCUCCGGGAGCACCACUCAACCCAGAACAAAACGAGGAUGUCAAUUCAUUGAUACGAGACAUUUGCAACAGAGACUCCCUCUUGCAUAAAGUUCUAUCCAAAAGUGCGGGAUGUAUCAAGUCGACUGUCCUAAAUAUGAGAGAAGCUAUCUUUGCACCUCGACUUCAACUUCGCCAAGCUUAUAUCAGAUACAGAGAGUCAGCUGGUGAAUCAACAGAGCUUGAAACUAUGCCUAUAGAAGAAAAAAAUCGUUUUUAUUGUCUGAAUCAUUUUCAAGAUAUCUCAUUGAUGUUGGCGACGGUUGAGGACAAAUGCGGAACGAUGGCUAAAUCAGCAGUUCGCGAAGUGGUCAUCCGGUCGAAAUUCCUGCAAGCACAGAAGUGCACCAAGGAACUUGUUCGCAUCUUGCAGAGUUUGGUGGAUAGCCUGGAGCUGUCCACAGAAAUGAGGAGUCGGAUGAGCGAAUUGAUGACUUCGUUUGUUUCUUGGGAAGAUAAUUGAUUUAUUAUUCCAAUGGCUCAGGUUCGCUAGUGUGGUGUAUCUUUAUCAAACAUUUCUUUGUAAUGCUUGUAAUAAAAUACUUUAACAAUA